UUCAGGGUCGCGUUCCCGGAGCUCUGGUUUGGGGAGGGUCGGGGAAUCCGUCUUGUACUUUCCUAACUGAGCGCCUGUGGCAGAGCUGAACGAGCUCUGGCUUCCCGGUCACUCGGGGGGCUCACCCCAGCUCUCGGCUCCAAAGUACCCUUUUCCUCUUCCAGGACGUCCAGGAAGCACAGCUCAGGAGACGGAGCUGAGGCGGGAGGGGGUGGGCAGAUGGCGGGCCGUCACCCCCAGCCCGGGCCCUGCAGCCCCCUCACAGCCCAGGGAGCCGAGAGGCGGCCGAGGGGCCUCCGGGGGCCCAGGGCUUCCCCUCCUGAACUCGAGGACCCCAGGGUGAAGUGCAAGCACUGUGGGGCCUUCGGGCACACCGCCCGGAGCAGCAGGUGCCCCAUCAGGUGCUGGCAGGGCGCCCUAGCCCCCCAGCCCUUGGGCUCCAGUGCGCUGAAGGAGAACCGGGACCCCCGGAAUCGGCAGGCCUCCCAGAACCCAGGCGCCUCCCUGGAGGCCCUGCCAGAGAAGGGGCUGACACAGAGGCCCGAGGAGCGGCGCAGGGAGGCUGUGCUCCCGCGGUGCCCCAGGAGCCGCCCCAGGAGGCCGCCGCAGAGCCGGAUGGAGCCGGAAGCACGUGACUGCGCGCGGCAUCCAAACAGGCCGAUGCCCGUCUACACACCAAAGAGGACCUGCAUCCUGCACCCCGGGGUGGGAGGCCUGGGGCACGUCCUCAGCCUCCAGGCACAGACCAGCUCCCUGUCUGGAAACUCCCAUCCGGACCCACACCCUGCCCCGGAGACCUUGGCCAUGGACUUCAAUCUCCUUGCUGAGGCAUCAGGCAAGAGGUGUGCCCAGUUCCCCGAGGGGCCAGGCCACGGGCCCCACAAGAGACCCAGGCUCUGUCCCUUGCAGAGCAGCCCGUGGAGCCCUGGGGCCCCUGAGCUUGGGGCCUCCCAGAGCCUCCACCGUCCACCAAGGGCAACUGGACCAGCAGCGGCCCCCCAGGGGCAGAGCGGUGGCCUCCCGCCUGCAGGCAGCCAGCCCCUCCUGGCUCCGGCCCAGGCCUGCACCGCACUCGGGGCCCUACCAGUACCCCAGGGGCCUGGCCAGCCGCUCAGGAUGGUCUUCACAAGGUCACAGGAAGGCCACUGGAGCUCCAGGUUCCCCACGGCACCCUUGUGCCCUCCUCCUGCCGCACCAGCCCACCUGGGCAGCAGCCUCCCACCUCACCCAUGUCUGAGGGUUUCUGUGCCCAUGUGCCCUUGAGCACCCUCUGUGAGGACCUUCAGUUUUCCUCCUCCUGGUCUGGCGAGGCCGAGUGGGAGGGACACACUCAUGGCUCCCAAGACUGUCCUCCCACCCGGCUGCCCCGACUGGAGGGUAGGUCACCAGUAGCGGGUCUUUCUGGUGCGUCUGAUUCCCAAGCCAUGCUGGGUGCACGAAGGCCGGAGAGGCAGCACAUGCUUGGGGCCGCGGCUCUGUCCUCUCCAAUGACACCGGUGUAAGCUGGAUGUGAAAUGUACUCACCAAACGGAAAUGCAAAGGUCCCUGUAUUUAAACCACUGUGUAUGAAUUGGAGUCAGAUCGUAGGGUUAUAUUUAUUGAUAAUGGAUAAUUUCAAAGGAAGCUGUGAAAUUAUUCUGUAUUUGUGGGCAAAUGUCUGAAUUUUGGGACAGUGGGUAAAGGGUCGAAUCACGUGCUCUGCAGAUUUAAGUGGUGCCCUGUCCUGAGAUGAGAGUUAUUAACUGUGUGAAGUUGAUUCAGUAGAUGUCAACAUGAGGAAUAUUCUUGUUACUUUGUUAAUUUUGGUUAUUAAGUGUUGUUAUGAAAUUAUCAUGGAGAAUUUCCUUUCAAUAUUAAAGC